GGAAGCCACACAAGUACCUCUGUGUGCAACCCUCACCUCGUUGCAUUGCUUGCUCUGUGAGCUCGUUGUGUUCUUUCCCCCAGUCCUCGAGUCCUUUGCACGAUCCUUCGCUCAGCGUCUAAGCUCACCCAUCCCGUUCGAGCACCUCGCUAGUUCCGUAGGACGUGCAGAAACGGACAAUGGCGGAAACUGUUCUCGAGAACAAGAUGAAUCGAGUCGAGCUGGCAGAGGAGGAGCUCAAGGAUCACGCAGAUGCGUUGCCGCCGCGGUACCCGAUCGCUUCCAACGACCCCAAUGACCCCUUGAACUGGCCUCUUGCGGCUAAGAUCACGACAUAUGCUACUGUCUGUCUCUUCUCAUUCAUCGCCAACGUCAAUGGGUCCAACUUCACCGUCGCCGUACUUCCGCUAUCGAAGCAUUUCCACACUGAUACCAACCAUGCCACCUUCCUCAUCGGCUUCAACGUGCUCAUGUUCGGUCUCGGAAACGUCCUUUGGGUGCCUCUGAUGCGUGUAUUCGGCAAGCGUCCGGUCUACCUAAUGGCACUGGCGGUCUUCAUUGCUGCCAAUGCAUGGAGCACAACAGCUAAGACUUGGGGCAGCCUGCUCGGUGGUCGCAUGCUGUCUGGAUUCGGUGCAUCUGCCGCAGACGCCACGGUGCCCAGCUUGGUUGCAGACAUGUUCUUCUUGGACCAGCGCGGUAACUGCAUGAUGUUCUUCUCCUUCGCGCUCUCCACUGGCAUCUUCUUGGGUCCAACAAUCAAUGCCUAUACCGUGCAAUACCACAACUGGCGAUGGUCAUGCGGUUACCUUGCAUGCGUGGGUGGCCUGUUGUUCAUUCUUACUUUCUUCCUUAUCCGGGAGACGCAAUACCUCAAGGAGCGCAGGCAGUGGCCGGAGGAUGAGAUCCCAGCGAAGCGGACCUAUGUUCAAUGGCUUAGCCUUUCCGUUGGCUACAAUUCCGACCGACCGCUUCAGCGUUUCCUGACCACCUUUUGGGACAUCGUCCGCAUGGCCACCUACCCACCCAUCUUCUGGACUGGCUGCGUUAUUGGUCUUUUCGUUGGUUGGACCAUCAUCAUUCAGGUCACGGCUGGCCAGAUCUUCGUCAAGCCUCCUUACAAGUGGCAUCUGGGCCUUGUUGGCGUCUUCUCGCUUGCAGGCUGGGUUGGCGUCAUCCUGUCGUUCUACUUCGGUGGCAUGCUCAUUGACUUGAUCUCCAACCGCGCUCGUCAACAUACUCACACUAUGGGCGCCAAGCCAGGAGCCCGUCUUGCUGCUCUAGUCAUCCCGUUCGUCAUCUCUCCCGUUGGACUCAUCAUCUACGGCCUGCUUGUGGCGGAGAAGAAGCGAUGGGUUGGUCCGGCCUUCGGUUACGCCAUGCACUCGUUCGGUUUCACUGCAGUCAGCAACAUCGCCGUCACCUAUGCCGUCGACUGCUACCAGCAAUUUGCUGGCGAGGCUCUGGUCACCGUCUUCGUCGUGCGUAACGUUAUUGCGCUUGUCUGCUCCUUCUACGCCAAUCGCUGGAUCGCGGAGGAUGGCAUGAAGAAGGUCUUUGGUUCGAUGGCUGGAAUUGAAUGGGCCCUCCUUGUGCUCGGCAUUCCGUUGUACUUCUUCACCAAGCAGAUCCUUGCGUUUACCAGCUCCUACGGCCCUAUGAAGAGGUCGCCUAAGGCGUAGGUUUUGGGAACCAGAGGUUUAAGCCGUCAUAUACAGGAUAGAGCGUCACGAUGAUGAACAUACCAUUCUUCUACAGUCAUGCCGAUCGAUCCAACACAGCGCGAGUAAUUCCCGUUACGCUUCCACAUUGCAUCACAUAAUCCCGCAUCUUCGGAAGCCGAGGUGGAGUUGUACACACCCCAGUAGGCUUCAGCAGAAAGGCCGCAAGUUUGAGGAAAGGCUACUCCCAGGAUGAUGGGAAGCCAUUGUGUCCCAUGGCUGUGACCGCAGCUCUGUUCGGGCUUGUUAUCAGGGAUAUUGGUCGUUUGCCCAGGUGUGCUCUGCAAACCGAGACCUCGCAGGCAUACUGUAAUCCUCGUUUACUCCAUGCUCCAGCUGUUCACCCGUAUUGCAAAGGGUGUGGUGAUUCCUCCAACAGUGGUGGUUUGCAAGCCAGUGAACGAUACACAUAGUCACACCAUCGAACAUACAAAGGCGU